AUGGUUGGUGUCUUCUUAAUGUUUGGAUAUGCAAAUGUUUACGCUCUGCGCGUCAACCUCAGCGUGGCUAUUGUGGUGAUGGUUGAAAAUCACACCGUCUUUAAAGACAACAGGGAAAUACAGGUAUUGUGUUAUUGUUAUGUGUUUCUUGGGGAGUAUAUCCUUGUACUGAAAGAACUUUGUAUCGAUUUGUAUGUGAACUAGCAAGUAAUUCUUCAAAAAAAAGAUGUGACACCUUUAAUUUGUCACCUUUUUUUUAUCGUUACGAACAUCACUACUUGCUGGCUACAAUUCACCUCCUUUUCAUAAUCGCCAGCAAAAAAACAAUGAUUACGUAAUUCUUCUGUGACUGCUAGAAGAGACUCAUUAGCAUUAAACCUUUGAGUUCUUGACUUUGUGAAAACGGAUUUUUGUAGUUAGAUUUCACAUUUAAGCUUGAGAGAGAGCAAUGUAAAAAUUACAAAGGUUUGGCUUCUAAAUAUUUGAAACUAAUUUGAAAUUAAUUUCCAUGCAGAAGUCGCCGAUCUACAGAAGGUGUCAAGCUUCUCCCUCGAAAAUGAUUACUCAAAUUUUUUGCUUGAGGAAAUUAAACUGAUUAAAACGUGACGGAAAACUUAGAGGACAAAUUUAAAGUGCAGAGUAUGGUAGAGAGCAAAACUGAAUUAAAGAAACAGAUAUUUACUUUAACGGCAGACUGAGAAUAGGGAGAUAUUCCUGCAAUCCGUACCAUCAAUUAUUAUAUUAAAACUUUAAUUGGGAGUAAAAACCACCAACUGCAUCAACUUGAUCGUAGUGCGAUCGAAAACAAGCUAAAAAUUAGCAAAAACUAAGGGUAAAAGUAGUCAACUGGAAAUCCAGACAAAGGUUUUUGAGACUUGAAUGUUAACAAGCUUUUGUUGAAAACCUAAAUUGAACAUGCUUUACAAUAAGGAGGGUUGCCGUGGAAGCGUAUACUGUAGACCUUUCCACGGUUUUUCAACUCAUUGACAUGGACCAGUGAGGAAAAAUCCGUCGGCACCACUGGAAAGAGCGUAUUUAAUGAAAUUAGCAAAAUUUCCGUAAAAUUCCGAAAAUAAUCCCCUCCAUGUAUAAGCCCCUCCAAAUAUAAGCCCCCCAAGCCGGUAACGCAAAAAACCCUCCGUUAAAUCGCCCCUCCAAAUAUAAGGCCCUGAGGGCUAGUACUUGGAAAAUUGCUCUCAAAUACAAAGGAAAACAAAGCAAAAACGGUAAAUUUAUUCCAAAUAUAAAGCUAGCACAAUCGAUUUUGAAACGCAAAUUUCCCUCCGUAGAUAAGCCCCUCCGAAUAUAAGCCCCUCUUAAAAUAAGCCCCUCAAAAAGGGCCUUUGAAAAAUAUAAGCCCCGGGGAUUAUUUUCGGAAUUUCACGGUACUAAGUUUGAAAGUGAUACGUCUUAAGUAAGGGAAGUAUAGCUACGCAAACUUGUGAAAAUUUACAGUCGUUUGGAGGGCAAGAAUCAAACGUCUGUAAAAUUUCGCGACUUUCGGGAGCUUUAUCUUUGUUCACUAAGACGUACUUUCAAACUUGGCACUCCUACUACUUUAAAGGCGUUCUUUCCAGAGGAGUCGACGGGUUUUCCCUAACUUGUCUAUUUGAAAAGUGGAAGAAAGCCGUGUAAGGGCCUAUAAAGGUAGAACGGUUUUACAAGGAAUUCAUGACAGAAGAAAGUUUAUGUUGAUCACUAUUCUAAACGUGAAAGUUACAAUCUAAACCUAUACAACUAUUAUGUAAUAGCUGAAUCUUUGCGAUACCUAGCAUUACACCCCAUAAAAUAUCCCUCAAAAUAUCCCGAACUUAUCAUAACGAAAACUUAAGAGCAUCCCCUUAAUUUUAAACAUAAAUCAGAACUGGUUGAAACUUAAGUCAAUCCAAGCUGAAACCCCAAUAGCCAGCAUUUUAAGUCUGGUCCUCACUAGCGAAACAAGCACAAGCGCAAACAAAGCAGGAGCGCAUAACUCGGAGCGUGCUUUUACAGAUCAAAUAAAUCUAGGAUUAUUUUGGAGUACUUUUUCUCGCAAAAGUGGCAUGGAAGCUCCUUCCGAGUAUCUUAUUGUGCGCAAUGACAAGAAAGAAAAAGUAGAUGCCAUCAAAACACCAGAAAUACACUAUUUUCUAGUCUCCAGUUUUUGCAGCCUGAUUGGAAGACUUAUUUGAUAGUCAAAAAUCUUGGGAAAAUCGAUCUGAAAAUUAACUAGUUUGUGAAAACUAGUCCGGGGGGGUUAUUCCUGCAAAGGUCUGUACAGAAAGGCUCCCCCAGAAUACAAAAGGUAGGGGUUUUACUGGUUGAAGUGUACAUGAUGAAAGGGUAGCGGGAAAUCUGUCAUUUAGGUCUGUAAAAAGGCUCAAAAGGGCUAACAGAUUCAUUUUACGGCUGUGAAAAAGUCGAGAAAACGUUCUGAUUUUGUUAUUGAUUCCUAUUUAAACGACAGUGCAUUUACAGCAGUUAAUUGGGAUGCAAAGUUCUAAACAAGGUGUGUGAAAAGGGUACCAAGCGGGUACCUUUUGAAUUUCCGUCAAAAAUGGUUUUUAAAAGGGUAACGGGUUGGACCUCGGGGCGGACCCCGUAUAAGAGUAACCCGCCAGGGAAUUGGUCAUACGUAUGGUUAUGUUAAGGCCAUCCUUGAGACCAUCCUCACUACCAACUAGCUCAUGCGCAUAAGCUUCUUGAUGCUCAUGCUUGCUCUGCUAAAGAGGACCAUUUUACGCGAAGCCAUGUGAUAAUAAAAUACAACCCACAAGAACUCCCAAUACUACAUACCUGAUGAAGAAACCCGUUAAAAUAAAUUAACUAGUUUCGCUGUAUUGGGUUUGGUUUGGUUUUUGGGAAGAACUUUACACCAUAAAUUUAGGGCUUCAAGGAAUUAAUAAAGGCUAAUUAACUUUCCCAUUGAAUUAUAUCUCACCUGUGUCAUAGAAAAAGUAAACUUGUAAAUAGUGAAAUCUUCCAAUUUAAAUCAGAAAAUGCGGAAAGCUUGCCUGCGAGACGUAUUUUCCGGUAAACGUGAUAAUCGGUAAUAGGUCUGCUUUUGCAGAGCAGUAUGCUAAUAAAUUAUUCGUAGCUUUGGCAUCGAUUUCAUAUCUUUAUUGUUCAGUGCAAAAGCCUUUCUUCAUUACCAAUAAGGGCUUGCUCACGGUCCUUUUCUUUUACACUAGGAAACUGCUGAAUUUUCAUGGAGCACCCAGCUACAAGGUAAUUGGCGUAACAUAUAUCUCUGUCAGGGGCAUCGAACAACUGGUCUCCUUCUACAUACAUUGAAAACACUUUUUAGGCUAUCCAGAGUACUUUUAAAUCUCAAGAACUGUAUUCUAAGCAGCGCUAUAAAAUUUGUAUCUGUUCGGUCAUCAUUUUGGUCAAAUCGCGGAUCCUGCGAAUACCCCUCGAGACCCUGAUAGGUUUUAACAGGAAUCGGCUCCUGCUUUCAGACAUUUUCAUUUGUUAUAUUUCCUAGGUAUCGUACUGAGCUCCUUCUACGUUGGCUACAUGUUAAUGAAUAUACCAGGUGGAUAUUUGGCGCGAAAAUGUGGUGGCGCCACGAUGAUUGGGUUGUCUGUGGGUGGCACAGGCGCCUUCACCCUAUUUACUCCUCUAGCUGCCCGGAUACAUGUGGGACUUUUGAUUGCACUGAGGGUAGCAGUGGGGCUGGCUGAGGUAAGAUAAGAUAAGAUAAUAACUUUAUUUUAGCACGAUAAAAAGGUCAGCACUGCUGGUGCGGUCCUUCAUAAAAACUUAGUACCUAGUAUUUACUUCGUGAAGUCAUUUUACUGCUGCAAUAGCGAUAGCUGUAAAAUAAUCUUCAAACUUGUAGAAUUCUUUGACUUGUUAUUCAGUUUUUAUUUCUAUUUGUCACUGUACGUGAGUGAUGACACCUCCUUGGAUGUUUCCCGGUUUUAGCUUAGUUGGUAGAUUACAGGUGAUAUUUGAGGAGGGUAUAACGUCGACAGCAGACGAGAGAAAACUGCACAUGUAAAAUAAAAGCGCAAAGUUGGAAGUUAAGAUUGUCAUUUUAGCUGUACACCAUUUAAUAGUUAGAUAUUACCCUCACCAAUACACUGUUAAUUUAUAAAUAAUGUUCGCUUCCAGAGCUCGUCAUAUCCAGCUGGCCACGCCUUCUGGAGUCUGUGGGCACCUCCCUUGGAGAGAAGUAAACUAGGAGCUUUGAACUUUGCAGGUAAUUGUUCCUUUCAAAAUUAUGGAAGAUUUGUUGUUUUCCUAAACAGUUAGAAAUGCUGGCUUGAAAAACAUUUCAAAACACGAGAAAUGAUUUUUCAGUCCGUGACACAUGCGGCUCGGAAGGAAAAAUCCUAGUGACCGCCAAUGGAAGUCGAACCUUUGACCAUCUAGUUACUAGUCCAGAUGGAAACCGGUCGUUUCAAUAUAAUAACUCAAGCGGUGAAAUUGUACAAAAUUUUGUUCAUUUCAAGUAUAGUAGGCCAGUGAACAAGAAACACAUUUUGGAUGAAUAUCUUCGUUCUUUAAGCCCAGGACGUUGAAUGAAUUAAUUUGUAUCGAAACGAUCGGUAGGUGCUCUAACUGUCCGCUAAGCUAUCUGGACCAGUAAACAGGUGGUCAUAGGUUCGACUCCUGCAGGAAACAUUCAGAUUUUUUCUUCCGAGCCGCUUUUGUCACUGACUGAAAAUCAUCUUCCUCAUGUUUUCACCUAGCUGAAAAUUCAUCAUCACAUCUCUCAUAAUAUCAAAACACGUUCAAAAGUUUAAACUCAGUUCCAUUUUUACUCUUAUAGGAGGAAACGUGGGAAUAAUUGUGUCCAUGUUCUGUUCAGGAUAUCUUGCAAUCUACUAUGGAUGGCCGUCAAUAUUUUAUGUUUUUGGUUUGUACUUCACCUUUGUGUAUAACUUAAAUGACAUGUACUUGUACUGUCGCAAUUUGUAAUAAUCAUCGCACUUCGUAAUACCUUUCGCGAUUUAUAAUAAAUCCAUCGCACUUUGUAAUACCUGUCGCAAUUUGUAAUAAACCGUGUCGCACUUUGUAAUAAAAAAGCUGUCGCAAUUUGUAACAACUGUCCAUCGCACUUUGUAAUAAACUAAGCUGUCGCAAUUUGUAAUAAUUCCAUCGCACUUUGUAAUAACUUUUUGAGAGUAAUUAAACUUACUUCGUCAACAUUAAUAUAACGCCAAAAUAUGCAUGGUACUUCAUAAACAAAGAUGGAGAUGACGUCUGCUAGCACGUAACAUCUCCGCUCAUUCAAACAUUUAACUUUAUUCACAGUCCUAAACAUUUUUUUAGAUUAAUGUUGAUUAGUUAUCUGACUUACGAAAUGCUGUAUUCUUGAACCUUGCUAUUGUACUAGGUGGCUUGCAUUCAAUGGUUACCCGGCGGGUGUACUUCCUUAUAUGGCCAAUACGGGGAUGUGCCUCUGGACAGAGCAUUGCCAGAGUAGAGGAUCUAGACAGAGCUAGACACACUAGACACAAACAAGCCAUUAUUAAAAAGCAUUUAAUUUCCGCUAAUCGUAACAUCCAUCCUACAUCAUUCGAAUAAGGACACCAGGAGAGUUCAAGCUUUCCUUGUUAGAUCUUAUAACAGGUUGACACAACACGUGGUACACCGUUCUUGUCUAACGAGCAAUCUUAAAGAAGUAAUAGUGGCUUCCAACUUAAUCAAACGAGGCCUGGAAAGAUUCAAAAUGUUUACUGCAAAUAAAAAAAAAACGUCACCAGUGGCAAACCUUCGAACCACAACAGAAACCUAACCACAAAAUCCAAUUAGUUGCUGGCCAAUACCUUCGUAUGUACCUGUUUUUAUAACACUCAAUUGGGGUCUUACACUGAGCCGGCUGGGCAUUUGGUCCAUUAUUCUCACUUGAUUUGGUCUCAUAUAGGAACAAAAGGAGUACUCAUUCCAUCUUAAAACAAUUGUUUUCUGUAAGGAGUCCUCUAAAGCAAAUACCAUGGGGAUGGUAAAAAAUUAUCCUUGCCUGCGUAUAUACAACUCGUAAGACCUUGCAAUUCUUCUGAGCGUGUUCUGGAUUAGUGUUUUUCUACAAAAUGGAAAGGAUGGAAUAAACCAUCCAUUACUACUUGAGUUACCUUAUCUAAGGAUCAAACCAAAGACACAAGGCCAACAACGGAAAAAAUGAUACCCUAUUAAAGGCUCGAGAUCCUCAAAAACCAUACCCUAUCAGGCGGUACUUACCUUUCUAGCCCAUCCAUAUAUGGGAUUAUUCCCCCCCCCCGCCGAAGACUUCACGUGUCACGUGGCAAGCAAACAUGGAUUUGGACGACGAAUGCCAGGUUAUUCAUGAAUUUUUUGUUGUUAAAUGUUGCCUUUCUUAUUUAAAUAUUUUUGAAUUUAAACGUGAUUCAUAUCUUUUUGGUGAUAUGUCACAGGCAGUUUCAUGUCUUUCAUAAAAGCGUUUCUAGUUAGUCACGUGAUUAAUCAAGGCAGAAAAAUUUAUAGCGGAAGACAUGCAUGUUUGACCAAAGAAAAUGUUACGGACAUGUUAUAUGCUAGCAGACGUCAUCAUCUUUGUUUAUGAAGUACCAUGCAUAUUUUGGCAUUAUAUUAAUGUUGACGAAGUAAGUUGAAUCACUCUCAAAAAAUUAUUACAAAGUGCAAUGGAAUUAUUACAAAUUGCGACAGCUUAGUUUAUUACAAAGUGCGAUGGACUGUUAUUACAAAUUGCGACAGCUUUUUUAUUACAAAGUGCGACACGGUUUAUUACAAAUUGCGACUGGUAUUACAAAGUGCGAUGGAUUUAUUACAAAUUGCGACAGGUAUUGCAAAGUGCGAUGAUUAUUACAAAUUGCGACAGUACAUGUACCUACUGUAGCCUAUUUACUAGGCCUCAGUAUUCCGCGCAGCCAAUGCGUGUCGGGUCGCGUGGUCGCGCAUUCGCCUCGGAUACGUCAACGAAAUGUAUUGACCGAGAAGGGCUGGGAAAACGCCGUACAGGGACUAGGCAACACCUACUGUUCAUUUUGCAUCCCACGAUCAGAGCCUCCUUCUGUUUUCUUCUUGAUUGAGGCUCUGCCUGAAUUAACCUCUGGAUUGGUCAAUCUUGUUUUCUUUCCGCGUCAAACUAGUUUAUCGAGUUCAAACAUCCAUUUAUCGAUAAACCGAUGGUUAUAACUGUUAUUAGGCAUGAGUUCGAAAAUAUUUCCUAGCAAACAAGCAGCGAAUGCUCAGCAAAGAAACUGUAUCUAAGCAACAUUCAGCGCAUGCUCAACGAGGAUCUUACUCGAUUAAUGUACAGUCUUAACUCUAGUUCGCCAAAUUCGUGGAAGCUAAAGAAGGGCUCUGCUGGUAUGAUUUUGGUGUCCAUUUUGCAGCCUUAAACUUAAAAGGAGGGCCCAAUAACCAUUUUAAUCAUGUUUCUUCUUGAAUCGACAUGUUUUUAACAUCUCCUUUGCUUGGCUUCUUUAUUGCUUGAAUUGUUUAUCAGAAAUCUGUUCUCAGUAUUGUCGGUGAUAGCAGUUUGUCUGGACAGGGCGACUACCCCGUCGGACUGGCUUUAACCCUUUAAACCCGAAGAUCAAAAUUUGAAUUCUCAUUUUAACCCCCUAUUCAUUUCCUACAGAAGUAACGGGGAGAAGUUGAUAAAAUAUCAAGCAAAUCCAUCUUGUGUGAUCAUGUCCGUAAUUCUCAUGUCCACUCUGUUUAACAAAGCAUUGAUAUUACAAGGAGAAAUUGGAUGCUGAUCACGCUUAGGGCUUAAAGGGUUAAACAUAUAAUGAUAGUUAAACUUGUCCAGUGUGGAGCAUGGGGAAUGUGAGUCAAGCGGGGAAAGAGUUCGUUCCGGGAAUGAAUUAACGCAAAGUACUUCAAUAAGUCAGGGGCACCCAACGGCAAUUUUCGGGAAAAUAUCUGUUCGGAAGACGAUUUGAGAACUAGAAUUUUCGGAACAUUUGUUGUAAAAUUUCUUGCUUGCCUGCCUUUCUUGCCUCUCCUAGGAUUUUCGAACAUCUGCAAAAUGGUAUAAUUACCCUUUUUAAACGGAUAUUUACCCUAAAAAAGGCCAUCUAGAAUUUUCGGGAGCCUUUUCCUGGCUGAAAUUUUCGAAAAGGUAAGUUUUGAUCCCUAUAAUUUUCGGAUCACUAGACUUUCAGCUAGGAAAUCCGAACAGAUGAAAAGUUUUUAGGGGAUAAAAAUNGCUGAUCACGCUUAGGGCUUAAAGGGUUAAACAUAUAAUGAUAGUUAAACUUGUCCAGUGUGGAGCAUGGGGAAUGUGAGUCAAGCGGGGAAAGAGUUCGUUCCGGGAAUGAAUUAACGCAAAGUACUUCAAUAAGUCAGGGGCACCCAACGGCAAUUUUCGGGAAAAUAUCUGUUCGGAAGACGAUUUGAGAACUAGAAUUUUCGGAACAUUUGUUGUAAAAUUUCUUGCUUGCCUGCCUUUCUUGCCUCUCCUAGGAUUUUCGAACAUCUGCAAAAUGGUAUAAUUACCCUUUUUAAACGGAUAUUUACCCUAAAAAAGGCCAUCUAGAAUUUUCGGGAGCCUUUUCCUGGCUGAAAUUUUCGAAAAGGUAAGUUUUGAUCCCUAUAAUUUUCGGAUCACUAGACUUUCAGCUAGGAAAUCCGAACAGAUGAAAAGUUUUUAGGGGAUAAAAAUAUGCCUAUAUCUACCGUUUAAAUACUAAAAUACGGUCGACAAUGCUAUGUUAAGUGGUUUUGAACUAUAGCCUCGUUGGGUGCCCCUGAUAAGUGAAAGCAAGGAACUCAUAAAGGCGCAUGUCUGAAUCACAUAAUACAAUGUAUGUUGACUUGCUUAUGAGACAGACAAUCUAAGUUUCUCAAAAACUCGUGGAAUCAUGUCAAAAAGACCACGUCCUAUGACAUGUAUUGGUACCACAGAAGAGGAGGAUGAGGGUCUAAAAGUUUUAUCUUCUUGUCAGGCGCUUGCGCUGUAAUUUGGUCCUUGAUUUGGCUUGCACUGGUGAGAAACUCACCCUCCGAACAAAGUUGGAUUACUCGAGAAGAAGUCGAAUAUAUUGAAAUGAGCUUAGCUGCGGACAUUCAGGAAAAGGUACUACUGACUUAUAAAAGUAACAACGGCAGAAAGACUAGACUAGAGUUUAGGAAUAUGCUGAUUACAAUACUCCCGUAAUAAGACCACUUUAUACUACGGAUGACACUGAUGACAAAAUUAGCCUUUUAUUGUUUAGGCCAUUGCAUUACAGAAACUUUUGUGCUAUUUUGAUUAAUUAUGUAGUUAUUGGUCCACUGAAUAGUCCUUCAGUCUGGACUCGUUAUCGAUGGUGAUAUAUUGUUUAGAAAGUUUACACUUGCCGUGUUAGCAUUGUAGUCUUCUUCGGAGACCCAGAGGCAGCCAGUCGAGCUUGGAGAAAAGGUGCGACGAACGUUUUCAGACCGUGUUUGAAAACUUUAGUCGCACUUUUUCUCCCCACCCGACUGACUGCCCCUAGCUCGAUCUCAGUCGGGUACUACUAAUGACACUUUGCGAAACCUUACAUGACGCCAUCCGUAGCGACAGACGACAGGAGACAAGUUUCAAUGCCUAUAUAAUAUUUUUUACUUUUUCAGAAAGAUAGCAAACUUGUGGCAUAGCCCCAUUUUAUUCGGAUAUUAGAAUCCUCGGUUUGAUUAAAUAAACUCUUUGCUGUUUUGUUGACUUUUUUUUUUAAAUGAACAGCAUACUUCUAUUCCGUGGAAGGCAAUCUUCAGCUCACUUCCCUUUUGGGCGAUAGUGGUGGCUCAUUUCACACAUGGAUGGGGACUAUAUACCAUGCUAUCAGAGCUACCCCUGUAUAGCAGUCAACGGCUAAAUUUGGAUCUCAAGGAGGUAUGUGGCUUUGUGGUUCCCCAAUUGGUGUUUCGGGAUCGGCUAUAGAUGGUUUUCACAGUGACGUCAUCAAAUUGUAAAGUCAAAAUAGUGAGGUUUUAUGAAUUCUUAUUUACACUAGGUUGAAGAUCUACAAACAAUUAAUCUUUGUACAAGUUUCCAGUCCCAUAGCAUGUUUCAUUUCGAAAUACAGCAAUUUGAACUUCAGAGUUUUCACAGUGCGUGACACCAAAAUAGCGGAAAUGCUGUCUCGUUGAAAAAAAAGUCUCUCCUCUUCAUUUUCAGCAGUAUAACCAUUUCAAGUAUUAGAAGAUCUGUUUAUGUGCGCGUAUGCCAGUUCUUGAGUGAAAACAAAGAGUUUUUAUAUAAAAAGUGAACUCCAGAUGUUUUUGUUGAUUUCCGGCGGCCAUAUUGGUGCACCAAAACGGUGCACCAAUAUGGCGUCUCCAUACAAAGCUAUACAAAGGUGCAUGAAAAGUUUCGGCAAAUAACUCAGAAACUGUGGGCCACAAAGACCUGAGACUUGGACAAAAUGUUUAUAUAUUAUUCUUUUAUAACAUUUCAUUUUCUUGGCUUCUUCCACUGGACGGUUUCCAAUUUAUUUUUUUGAUGCGUGACAGUGAAAGCGAUCUAUACCAGUGAGACAGGGAAGGAAUUUUUUAGGGAGAUUAAGAUUCACGUUUACGCCAAGGGGCAAACGUGAAUAUGUACCACUUGACCAAGUUUUCUGUUUAUUACUUUUACUCAAAAAUGAGUAGUUUCACGCCACUUUUAUCCAUAAGAAUUGUCCUGGACAGUUUUUAUUUGCUUAUUUUCUGAUGUAAGAAAUUCCGAAACUUGAAUCUCACUGAUGUUUGCUGUUUACCCUAAACGUGACUCUUAAUCUCUCUUUAUUCAUGAGAGGUACACGAAAUGCUAGUUUAAAGAAUCGAUGUUUACCAGUGAGCUGCGUUUUUGUAAAGUAAAUAUCAUCCCCUGUCAGUUGUUGAUGUGUAGGUGCAAGUUUUGGAAUCCGACAAUCUACCUCAUGGGUCUUCGACGAAGAGUGAAAUUUGAAACUUUUCAAGGGUCUUUAAGAAACUUGACUGUAUGUUCGGGGUCGGGAUUAGCCGAGCAACUCGUUGGGAUUACGGAAUUUAUACUUCUACGUGAGAAAUUUCUGCAAUUUGAUUGGCUUAGAGCAGUGGUAUUUCAGCUUAAUCUGAAAUACCUACAUGUGAAAAUUACGAACCUUUUUGGGGGUAGUGGUAUAAACAAAUAACAGCAGGAUUUGUACGUGAUAUUUGGCAUAAAUACCGCUCGUGAUAUUUCAAAAUUGUCUCAAAUUUCACUCGCCUAUCGGCUCCUGAAAUUACGCAUAACAAUUUUUAAAUAUCACUCGUGGUAUUUAUGCAAAAUAUCACUGCAGAUCAUACUAUUACCUAUACGUGGAGCAAACAUUUUGGCUGGAAUAAAGGGAUUCAGAUACCUCGUGCCAAACAAAAAAACAAAACUGGUCUCUUCCUGCUGCCCCCGGAGGGGGGGGGGGGGGACCGGCCAUAUAUGGGCUAUAUAGGUAUGUACCGCGUGGAGGGGUCUGGUUUUCAAGGAUUUUCCUCGAGAAUGGGGUGUAUAAAUCAGGGGGUUUGGGUUUAGACUAGGGUAUCAUUUUUUAGGAAACUGAUGGGGGGGGGGGGGGGUACUGCCAUAUAUGGGCUAUAUAGGUAUGUACCGCUGUGAAGGGUAUGGUUUUCAAGUAGUUUACUCUAGGAUAGGGUGUAUAAAUCAGAGCGUUUGGGUCUAGAAUAGGGUAUCAUUUUUUAGGAAACUGAUCAGUUGGUUGAAGAUUUUGUCUAGACUAGGUAAACAGCUACUCUAGGAUAGGGGGAUUUGGGGAGUUUACUCUAGCAUAGGGUAGCAAAAUUCAGCUGAACUAGCUCUGGUAUAGGUUAAGGGUUCCAAGGUCCCAGCGGCACAUCCCCACCCAGAAAUUCCUAAAGUACCACCCCUCCCGGGCGGGGGGGCUGCUACCUAUAUGAAGGCAAGACGGAUUGGUAUCAUCCCUAACAUUCUAAUGUACGUUUAAAAAGUAGGCUAAUCGAUGGGGUCUUUUUCGUUUUAGUGAGAGUCUGGGGCCUCAAACCCAUAAACCAGGAUCGUUUCAAUCGAUGCCUGAAGAGCAUUAGAUACGCUUUGUUAACUGAAAAUAAAUCAAUAUGUAAUAAAAAAUCAUAAGAAAAACGCACUUUGUUUGAGUGUCAAUUAUUUUGCAUAGAAGAACUAAUUGAGGACACUGUUUUUUUACGUACCCUACUGGAGACAGGACUGCCAUUUUACGUGGUCAUCCGAUCCACGUAAAAGUCUAGCCGUUUGCAGUAAACGCAGUCAGUCUUAAUUUCUCAUUUUUUUUAAAGAACUUGAGUUUCGAUUCGGUCUCGGGGAUCGAUUCCUCAGCCUCUCCAUCUCCAGUCAAGAGCUCUACCGACUGAGCUAGUCCCGCAACAUCCUUCGUAUGAAUACUAGCAGGAAAAGAAAACAGAUUUUCUUCAUGUAGUAGAGAGCCUUCCAGUCUCUAAUAAUAUAAAAUACCUCUUCAUACUAACUCAGUUUUUAUUGGAGGACGGGUAGAAAAAUGAGUAAGGAAGGUACACUGCUCUGUUCUAUAUUGCCUACUUAUAUUUAUGCUUGAAAGUGUAUCUACUUUCAUCUAAAGCUGAUCGAUUGUUUAUUUGUUUGUUAAUAUUUCUUCCUUCAGACUUCCGUCGCUUCGACCAUACCUUACGUCGUUACGUUCUUUGUAAUGAUAGCUGGAGCUCAACUGGCGGACUACUUUCGUAAACAUUAUCUCAGUACAGGAACAGUGAGGAAAAUGUUCAAUACAAUAGGUAAUCCUCUCGUUUUGCCAUGAUUCAUUAAAGAUAUAUAUUAAAAAGACAAUGAUACAUUUAACAAGUAGACAUCAACUUUCCAUUCGCCACUUUAAAAACGAGAAAUGAAUUGGGGCUUAAAUGCGUCCCGCUAUGAUUUCUGGGAUCGUUGCAGCGGACGCGCCUGUCAGCUAUUGGCCAAUAGGCCCUUUGCAUGAUUUGAUCACGUGAUCAACUUUUGGUAAACACGAAAACAGUUCGCUUUUGAACAAUUUUUGUAGCACGAGCUGAGAGAGCAUAUUAGAAUUAGGUAACCUGUAAAUGUUCAGCCAUACAUCUCAAAAGCAGCGAUUGCAACGGCCGUCGAAAAUUAGAAUGAUUUUUGUGCGAAAAACAACUCUUCCCACCCAGUCACGGCGUUUGAGUGGUUUUCCAUACAAAUCGUUGUAAUCGCCCUGUCAUUGUAAAAAAGGUCUUGGAUAUCUGAAGAGAGGGAGAUCUCCUGCUAUUCUUUGUCAACAACCUAGCUGAAACACGUGUUGAACUAAGAAUUAAUAAUAACAUGCUUUACACAGAGUAACCAAAACAACUGUAAAAGUUAUUUUAAACUCUUUGAAACUAUCGGUGGUUGUACAAAGCCAAAAGAAAAACAGAAACUAAUAGUAUAUUAAGUGUUAUGAAAAAAAGUAGAUUGUCACUAAACACUGAUCCUUCCUUUUAAAUUAUUUUAAUAGGGUUUCUUGCGCCAGCUGUCUUUUUCCUCGUAGCAAAUUUUACCAACAAACCUGAGAUAGCUGUGACUUUAUUCACUAUUGGGAUGGGACUGAACGGAUUGAUCAUCAGUGGAUUCGCUGUAAAUCAUCUUGACAUUGCCCCACCCUUUGCCAGUAUACUCUUCGGAAUAAGCGAUCUUGCAUCGACAUUGGGAGGAAUUAUUUCACCCACCUUGACGGGAUUCAUUGUGAAACACCACGUAAGUAUAUUUUAGCCUGUGUACAGAACCCCCUCCCCUCAGUAAAAAUCGAAGAAGGGGCCCCUUCUCCGAUUUUUGCUGAGGGAAGGGGGGGGGGGGUGUGUACACAGGCUAGUACAUUUCUGAAAUAAGCAUCCUACAAGACCGGAAACAGAGGAUCUCAGUGGGGUGGUAGCUUUGACGGGAAUUUUUUUUUUCAGUUUUGACGGUUGACGGUUAAAUUUUAGAGCUUUUGACGGUUGACGGCUAUUAAGUGGAAAUUUAGCCCCAAUGUUUAGGUAACUGUUAACUUAAGAUUGUCGAUUUGGAGAUUGCCUUGGCCUUUCACUUAUAAAAUUCUGAAAUACUAUAUAUGUUUUUUGAUGUAAGCAACUUAACUUGUGUGUUCUUGGAAAGUCUAGAAAGAGUGUUUUCAGUUAAGAGAUUCUUCAGGAGCAAGAACCCAGUAAAGAUCAGCUGAAAUAGUGAGAUUUGAAUUACCUUAAAACUUUUUGACGGUUAAUAUUAAUCUGGAUUUUUAACGGUUGACGGUUAAAUUUUAUGCCGUUUGACGGCUGACGGUUCCCCCUUACUUCGACCCCUCUCCACUUCAUUACUCAUCCCAUCCUCUACGUCACUGCCAGGUAAUACAAAUGAGCAUCUCUUCCCCAUAAUCAAAUGACAAUAUUUUUUUCAAACACAAAACAACAUAAAUAGCACUAAAACCUUGUAACGCAGAUCCUGGCGAGCUCUGGCGAAGAAGGCCCCUAAAGUGUUAGGGAUAGGAGGGUGGGAGAGAAAUAGAGCAAAUUGUCCAACUAACCGGAGAGUGUGGGCUUCAAUUCGGGCUCUGAUAUUGGAAGCUAACAUGCUGUGUAGUCAACAUCCUUUUGAAUAAAUACGAACCAAGUCAAUUGGCUUUAAAAAUGAAGCAACAACAAGAAACACCCGGUUUUUUUUAAUCGCAUGCGGGAGGCAGGCUUAGGGGGUCGUGCAUGAAAAUCUCUGUCACCCAGGGAAGAAAUAUAUUUUCACUUGUUAGAAAUAGAAUUGGAACUUUCGCUUAUUUUCAAGCAUUAAGAGUCAAUUUGUUUUCGAGAAGGGAUUAAAAAUCGCCCUAGUUAGUAAAAAUAACUCCAAGGAAUUCAACUUGCCUCGUUUUGCUUUCUUUCAACAGACUGACUUAGAGUGGAAGAUAGUUUUCAUAAUCAAUGGAGUAAUGUAUCUUCUGGGGGCUAUAUUUUACACUGUGUUUGGCUCAGGAGAAAAGCAGUCGUGGGCUUCAGACAGUAAAUAUAAUAAUCUGAGUCAACAAGAUUCAGAUUGUGAAUGA